CUGAAUCAAAAUGGCGAACGAAGUGGAAGUUGCUCCGCUUCGGAGCUUGGAUGAUUUUCUUCUCGAAUCAGCCCGCUUCCAGCUUCCAAACGUUAAGGAUUUGGAGAAAUGGGGAAACAGAGUCGUCAACAACCUCUUGUACUACCAGUCCAACUAUUUCGUCCUUGCCAUCCUAGCCUUCCUUGCCGUUGGAAUCCUGCACCCUUCCAAAAUGUUGUGUGGAAUGCUUGCUGUGGCCGUAGCGUUCGGCCUGUUCUAUUAUGUUACCAACUCCAAGAGGGCUGCCACGAAGUUCAAGAGAGACCACCCAAUUCUCAGCAUCCUGAUUAUCCUGGCAGGUGGCUACUUUAUUGUCCAUGUUCUCGGAUCCGUGGUGGUAUUCUUGUUUGGCAUCCUGCUGCCGAUAAUGUUGGUGUUCAUUCAUGCAUCAAUGCGGCUGCGUAACAUCAAGAAUAAGCUGACAAACAAGAUUGAGACUAUUGGGCUGAAGAAAACUCCAAUGGGACUCUUCCUUGAUGCAUUGGGACAGGAGCAGGAGGCUGGAUCUCACGCCGCCGCGACGGUUGUUCAGGCCGGAAGCGAACUGGCAGACAAGCUGGAAGAGAAGCUCGCCCAAUUUGGACAACUGGAUAUCGUUUAUCCAUCACCGUUUCAAAUGCGUAUGAAGAUUAACAGGAACCGGUGAUGUUGAGUACCCGUGCCAUUUUGGAGCAACUUCGUGAACCUUCGUCAACAUGCAUUUGGAGACUGGAACGCGACGACUGGAGCGACGUCGCAUUUGCACCGGCUUUCGCCUUGGAGCUGAACGGACUUUGCCUUUUCUUCUUCUUUUAUUUUUCCUUGAUAUUUUUUUGUUACAUGAUUGCAGUGCUUUCGCACAGUCGUCUCCACUCUUGGAUCUCUGUCGCACAAUUUUAUUGACCGCAUUGUUGUAAAUUUGUCUGCCCCGGUGCUCGCUUUGCAAAUCUCAAAAAUGCGCGGUGCACCUUGUAUACAUUAUACCUAUUUAUACCAACCUAAAGCAGCACGUGUGAGUGAGUCAAGCUGCUGCAACAACGAAUAAAGCAAAUGAAUAAAGUCAAGCUUUCAUGCUA